CCGUGCCCAAUGCCUCAGGUUCCUAUUCCAUCUCGAAUUCGGAGUCUUCUCUCGUCCCUGUCCCCCUCCAGCACCGCCGCCGCCGCCACCGCGCCGCAACCUCGCCAUGGCACGCCCUCCGUCGGCGGCCCUCAAGCCGCCGUAUCCGGCCUUCCAAUCCCAUCCCAGCGAUCUCGAGCUCGUCAACUUCUAUCUCCGUCCCUGGGUCGAGACCGGCGUCAAGACCGGCGCGUUCAUCCACGACGCAGACGUGUACGCCGCUGACCCCAACUACCUCACCCGUCAGUUCGCGCCGGCGGUGGCCCAGGACGGCGAGCGGGCGUGGUACUUCUACACCCCGCUGCGCCACAAGAGCGUCCACGGGACGCGGAAGACGCGCACCGUGGCCACCGGCGGCGGGUGCUGGCACAACGAGGCGAAAGCUAGGCCCGUGUACAUGGUCUCCAACGGGAUGCACCAGAUUGCGCAUCGCCAGAGCUUCUCCUUCGUCGAGAAGGAUGGCGGCGUGCGGGUCCGCACGGGUUGGCUCAUGAUGGAGCUCCGCCUCGUCGAGGACGGCGCCGCCGGGCAGAAACCGGAGGAGGACGGCGCCCUCGGGAGUCGCGUCCUGUGCAAGGUGUACCGCAGCCCGCGCAACCCCGAGCCAAGCGGCAUCGAAGCCGCGACGGCGCCCGGGCAGAAGGCGGAGGCAGACGACGAUGAAUCUUGCGACGACGAAUCUAGCGACGCGACGUUGGACGACGAUGACAGCUCCAACGCGUCACUAGCGGCGGCAUCGGGACCCAAGAGGGAAUCCGACGAGGUGGAAUCCAGCGACGCGACGGUGGCGGCACCUAGUCGCCAUAGCGCGCCGAACGACGAGAUCUCCGGCGGGUCCGCGGUGGCGCCCGGACGCAAGGAAAAGACGGAGAUCGGGGAGGUCUCCACCGAGACGUCCGCGGCGGUGCGCAAGAGGAGAAAGGCCGACGGCAGCAGCUCCCCUAGCACUCCGGUUUCUACGACGGAUAUGCACUGCCCUCAGUGCGGCACCCAUCUCAUGCUAACACUGAACAUGGCGGAGUCCAAAUCGGAGGCGGGGCUCGCGAAGGACGAGUCGGCCACCGCCGCGCCUGAUCAAGGCGGGACGGGUGAGUCUUCACAGAAGAAUGUUCGGGUUCGGUUCCAUCAGUUCCUGUGAGAUCCAGGGUUCCUUCCUGCCCAGACAAAUCCUGGGAAACAGAGCCAUAGUUUCUUGUCUGUUAUUUGGAAGAACGAAAUAAGAAGAUUUUAGAUUAAGAAUUCGUUAGAAGUAACCGUGUCUAUUGCUGCAACGGUGAUGUAAUCGUGAAACCAAGACAUAAGGCGUACGAAUUUACACAGGCAUGCAAAUACAGGGAUGGAUAUGAAACUACAUUUUUGAAACUAUA